CACUAUUUGAAUGGCUUCUCUUGCUGUUCCAUGAACUGUGUCAUACGAAACCACAAAAAUAUGAGAUAUUGUACUCAGCGAUAACAGCCAUACCAAAUGAAGAUGAAGCGGAUCAUCAAAACCAAGGGACAGCUAAAAAAACAACCUGAUGAUAACGGGAGAGUCAACGCUGAAAACCAGGAGCAGCAGAACGGAAGCGAACCAAUCACAAAAAAGUCCAGUCUAAAACAUUUCACAAACUACUUGGUGGACAAGUUCUUGCCACACAAUAAUUAGGCGAUAAUUAGCAGCCUUUGACAAACAUUUAACCCUAUGGCGGAAAAUGAAACUUUAAUGCGAUAUACUUGGAGGAGGAUGGGCAAUCAUAAGAAUGGACAAUCAUAAGAUUGGACAAAGCUGAUAAAACAACUUUAAUGUUAUCGAGUCUUCAACCUAUUAUUGAACCUUACUUUGGCCAAAGGAAUACGCUAUUUCUUUCAUUUAGAUUUAAUUGCAUUUUAUUCCAUUUUAUUCGUUUAUCUGCGGCCGAUUUACCUAAUGGAUUGAAAGGAGCAGAAUAGCUCGAUGAUUGGCAAAAAAUAAGAAGGAAGGAUUACUAAGAUUCUAUUUGAGGAAUGUUCCAGGCAGAAAUAAUCAAUAAUCAGAGUCGCUUAGCUGCCAUACCAGUCUACGGCAAACGAUCACACUCACAGAGUUGCAAUCGAAGCGACCUCUUUUAUUGCAUUACAGGGUCGUCUGCAUUUGUUCCCGACCUCAGUGAUCUCGUAACUUUUAACAACGAAUACUCAAUGAAUCCGACUGGAAAAGGAGUUGGGCAGAACGCUGAACAAGGUGUGGAUUACUGUCGAAUGUGAAUAAAAAAUGACGAGACAGACCAGUGUUUGGCCAGUAGCGAAGACACCAUCAACGAAAAAGCUCCGCAAUCCAGUUUUGAGCGCAGUGAAUUGCCUAGAGCAUCUGGGGAGAGAUGGCUAGUCAAGAUCAAUUUAGUUCAGGCAGCAAGGAUUUCGGAGAAGUGGUGGCAGAAGAGAAAGAAGAAGAUCCUAAAGAUGAGUAUGUAAUUAUUCCGCCGGAUGGAGGAUACGGCUGGAUCGUUACGGCAGCCAGCUUCCUCUGCAUCCUCAUUUCAGAUGGAAUACUUUUCAGCUUCGGACUAAUCCUCUCUGAAUUGGAACGCGUUUUCGACGAACCUGUUGCCAAAGUCGCGUGGAUUUUUUCUAUCGUUAACGGCAUUUCUCUCAUGUCAGGUCCCAUAGCUUCGGCAUUGAGUAACCGGUUUAGCUUCCGGACCAUCGUUUUAACGGGUAGCAUGUUCGGAUUCAUUGGGUUAUCGACCUCUGCCUUAGCACAGUCUGUCGAUAGUUUAUUUUUCACGCUCGGUGUCCUGUUCGGCCUCUCCAUCGGCUUGAUUUUCACACCAAUCGUCGUAGGUGUGGGGUUUUAUUUCGACAAAAGACGGGCACUGGCCACCGGCAUUACAGUUUGCGGUUCCGGAGCUGGCACCUUUGUCUUUGCUCCCAUCAUUUAUUUGUUAUUAGAAACGUACGCAGUCAGAGGGACGUUUCUUAUCCUGAGUGCCAUUUACUUGAACUGUGCAGUUCUCGGAUCGCUGCUCGUUCCGCUGAAACCUCAACGACGAAAGAAGGUGGAAGAAGGUGUGAAACUUCUCGACAUUGAUGCUGUGCCAAUUGCGAUAGAAAAAUCGCCUACUUUUAAUGGCAGGAAGUCCGACCCGAAGGCUCUGGAACAAGGGCUAUCAAACAGCGUAAAAUCCGUCAAAGCAACUCAGACUGUUAGCGUAGUAAAAGAAGUGAAGUUAACGAAAUGGGCGUAUUGGUCAAACAUCUUCAAAUUUUCGCUGUUUCGAUCACCGACUUUUGUCCUCAUUUGCGUGUCAAGUUUCUUCCAAUCCAUUGGAUGGUUUGUACCUUUCGUCUACUUGGCAGCUCACGCGGUCGAAACGGGAGUCCCGAAAGAGGAAGCCUCCUUUCUCCUUUCAAUCGUUGGAAUAUGCAGCAUGAUGGGCCGUCUUAUCAACGGAUGGCUUUCCGACCACCCCAAGGUCAGCGUCCUACUUCUCAAUAAUGUCGGUCUUACCGCGUCCGGUUUGCUGAUUAUCCUUUGCCCAUUCUUCAUCUCUUACGAACUCCUCGUAUUUUAUUCCGUUAUACUCGGACUCGCCUUAUCAUGCACCGCUGUUACGCGACCCAUUUUACUUGGGGAAUUGCUCGGCUUGGAAAAUGUCAACAACGCUUACGGCUUCAUGCUCGUGUUUUACGGAGUUGCGACGCUUUUCGGAACACCCAUGGCUGGUUUACUUUACGAUACUCUGGGUGAUUAUCACGGAGCCUUUUACCUUGCCGGAUCUUCCGUCCUUUUGUCUGCUUUUAUGUGCUACCCGCUUGGCAGGAUAAAUCGGUGGGAAAAGGGACGCAAUGCCAGAAGCUGAAGAGCCUUCUCUUCAUCGGAAUUACGCUCGUAAUUGCUGCCAAACGCGAACACAUUUUGAAAUCGUUCCAACACUCCAGGAUUUAAAUUUUAAUUAAUGGCGCACUAAGAAAAAAAUUAUCCGCUUUUUAUGGUAAGUUAAUACAUUUUU